UUGAGCAGAAAAAGUCCCCAGAUCUUUCCUCUUCUUCAUCACACAGCAGAAAUGAGUGCUGCCAUUCCCCUCACCCAGAGAUUAGCCGGUAAGGUGGCAUUAAUAACUGGUGGAGCCAGUGGCAUAGGCGCCUCCACUGCCAAGUUAUUUGUGAAACAUGGUGCCAAGGUCAUAGUCGCAGAUGUCCAAGACCAACUUGGGCUCUCCGUUUGCAAAGAAAUUGGUCCUGAAGAAACUGUUUUCUAUGUCCACUGCGAUGUAACAUGUGACUCCGACGUCCAAAACGCCGUCGACACUGCCAUAUCCAAGUAUGGGAAACUCGACAUCAUGUUCAGCAACGCCGGCAUCUCAGGCGAAAUGGAGUCAGGAAUCUUACUCGUCGAUAAUACAAACUUUAAACGGGUUUUCGAUGUGAAUGUGUAUGGGGCCUUCUUGGCCGCUAAGCAUGCCGCUAGAGUUAUGAUUCCGGCUAAGACAGGAUGUAUUAUAUUUACUUCAAGUGCGGUUUCGGUUGUUUCAGUGGGCGCCACACAUGCAUAUGUGGCAUCGAAGCAUGCUGUGGUGGGACUUGCCAACAACUUAUGUGUGGAGUUGGGACAAUAUGGGAUAAGAGUUAAUUGCAUAUCUCCGUUCGGAGUGGCAACACCUAUAUUAAGGAAAGGAUUAGGAAUAAUGGAGAAGAGGAAGGUUGAAGAGUUGGUUUGCUCUGCGGCCAACCUAAAAGGUGUGGUGUUAGAGGCGGAAGACAUCGCAGAGGCAGCCUUGUAUCUGGGGAGCGAUGACUCCAAGUACGUUAGCGGGAUCAACUUGGUGGUGGAUGGCGGUUACAGCAGUACAAAUCCCUCUUUUGGAAUGGUACUUAAGUCUCACUCGUCAUCAACCCAUCCAUCCCAAAACUAAAGUCACUCCCAUCUUAAUUCUAUGUCUAAUAAACCUAGUUUUGUCAAUGAUGAAAAAAAAAUGUUGUAAAAUGCAAAGUUCUCAUUUCAUUGUUCAUGUUGUAAUCAACUCAGAAUUCUGAAACUCAGUGUUGAACCAGGUUUUAUGGAAGUUUUUUGUAAUAAAAUACCAGUCAGUCAUGUCCCA